AUGAAAGAGGAACUUGUGACCAAGCGACACGUUCUAAUAAGCCAUCUGGAUGAGUUUGAUGCAAAUAACGAAUCUGAUUAUGAUGAUCUUCUGGAAACUCUUUCUUCAAAAUGCAGCAUCCCAGUUUCAGACCUCAGUCUGGUUCAGCUGAGUGCUGACCAGCUGGGCAGCAUCCUGACAGCCCUGGACAAUCUCCUGUUUGAUGAAUGGAUCAGUGCUCCUCCAUCUCUGAGCACUCUGCAGCAUGCCCAGGUGUUAAUCACAGAGCUGUGUGCCCUGUCCCUGGAGAUAUCUGAGGGAGUUUCCCUGAAGGGCAUCUCCAAUCAUGUGCAGUCCCUGGUGAGCCACAUCAGCCAAUCAGCAUGCAAUGUCUCUGAGAGUUUCCUGCUGACUCAAGCCCUGUACCUGAACCUGAUGCAUUUCUUCACUGACCCUGGCAGCUGUGAUGCAGCUUUCAUAGCUAAACAAUGGGCUGAGCAGGACCUCACAGCUGAAGAUCUCUUUCUUAUAGAAUUCUUGGGCACGCUCACAACAUCACUACAGAGUGCAGUUGGAAGAGCCACCACGUUCAUUUUGAAGAUGGAGAUCCAGUGCUUGGAGCUUCUCCUAUCAACACUCACACAUGUAAAUGGCAAGAAGAGACAUGUAGGAUGCAUUGAAAUACUCCUCAGAAUUGUGCAAACAAACAAAUGGACACCAACUGAGGCAGUGACUCUGCUCAAAGUGCUGUCAGAGAAAUAUAAAGAGGAUGCUCCCAUCACUGAAGUGCUCACAUUAGUACAAGUGUAUGACCUAUCACCAGAGUGGACAGAUGACUCCGGACACUCCGUCACCCAAGCUCUGGACGUCCUUGGCCCUGAGAGAUUCCUACUUGACUUCUGUAAGACUCUCAGAAAACAAGAUGAGAGCAGUCUAGAUUCAGCUUUAGCAGAAUUAAAAACACUCAAUAACUUAGAUGAGUCUGUUGUCACCAUGAUAAAAAACAUUACCAACGGUGUCCUAAAAUAUUCAGAAAAAGCCCCAAAAGGUGAACCUUUUAUGAGAGAUUCCUUCAAAAGUGGAAACCUGAAUGCAAAUGAAAUCCAAAAUUCACUCUCUCAGUUGUGCAAAGCAGUGUCUGACACCAAAGGCUGGUGGCCAACAGUGCUGCAGAUGCUGAGGUGGUGUAUGCUGGUGCUGACUGAGAAGACCGAAACACAAGGAUUGGUUGGUGUGAAGUUGGACCCAUGUGUCACAGCCAUGUUUGCAGCCACAAAAGUCCUCAUGGGAAAGAAAGUGGACAUUGUGUUGAGCUCUAACAUUUACUCACUCAAUCAAACUAAAGAGUGGUCUGACUUCUACAAGCACCUGGGGAUUUCACUCAACCAAAACUUGAGGGAAGAUAAUACAUCAUUGAUGGUUGUCUAUGAAGCCGACAUUGUGUAUGGUACAAUGGAUGACUUUGUGUAUGAUUACCUUCAAUGUGGCUUGAAGGGAAUAGAAGCGGGGAGCCCUCUCCUUAGUCGAGGAUUUCUCAUUGAAGACAGAUGCCUCAGUGCUUCCUAUAAUCUGGAACUCUCAGUGCUCAAGGAAAAUGAUGCGUUAGUCUUUGCAUCAGAGACUCUCCAAAGCCUUAUGGGUAUUUUUUACAGUGAGGAGAUGGAACUGAGAGACAAAUUUAUCGCGUCUCUUUUUCAGGUCCUCCAUUCUAACCUUAACAAACGCACAGAUGAAGACAGUAAAGUCAUAGCCAUUUCACAAAAAUGCACUGGAAAAGAUUUGCCUUCCAAUAAGGUCUACAUCCUGUCCAUUCUUGAGAAACUCCUCCAUGAGUUUAGUGGAGAAACGGAAUAUCACCUUCGCCAGAUAUUUGAGAUGAAGGAUGUGAGAACAGAUCGCAGCUAUCAGUGUAUCAUCAUCGAUGAAGUGGACUCACUGCUGUUGGAUCAGGGAGUGCAGCUUACAUAUCUCUCCAGCCCCAUGGUCUCCAUGCAGCACCUGAAUGUUAUCCUGGCCAUGAUCUGGGGCCAUGCCAGCCAGUAUGGCUUCUUGUCCACAGGACACAUCACAUUCGUACAGGGUCCCCCUUCUUCAUUCUACAAGAGCAUAUUUGACUCAAUUGACAUGGAUGGAAUAGAUGACCCCAUGGACGUUUUACAUAUUGCUGAAGAGACAGGGAUUGUGCCUAAGGGAUUUACAGAGGAAAUGUACAAUAGCGAAAAAGACAAACUUCUCAGGAAACUUAAAACUGUGAGUCAGGAUGACGUGAUAGAUUUUUUCCAAAAGAUUGAGCAGUACGUCCCCUAUGGUUUCACUGUGUACACGUUAGAUGAUAAUGGAUUGCUCUCUCUUAGAAAGUCCACACCGUACAACAACCCAGACAUUCCAGAACUUACAUUUCUUGUUUUGGAUGAUGGCUUGUGUUCUGCUCUCUAUGAUUCUGAGGAAGUCCUCGCCAAUCCCAUCACAGAAUUCAUCUUAGAAAAGAUUCAGUACACUCCAUGCACAAACAAUACAGGGAAAAUCAGCAUCCCUGGAUUCUUGAAAAAUCUGAUAGAGAGUAAAUUGCCUGUUUGGGUUCAGAAUGCCUUUCUGGCAAAGAGACUGAGGCACGGACGAGAGUAUGUUGUGGAAAAUGACUGUGUCUGUCCCGUUGACUACAGAUCCACGGGUAUUGUGGAACUAAGUAAGAAAUGGGGUGAUGGCCUGCAGCAUCGGAGUGACAAAGACAGUUUGAGCAAAAUAGAUAAGAAACUGGAUCCUGGGGAUGUCAUUGUUGCCACAAACCUGGCUGGACGUGGCACCAACAUCAAAGUGUCUAACAAGGUGAACAAAAAUGGAGGAUUAUUUGUGGUCCUCUCCUUCCUCUCUGAGAACAGAAGAGUGGAACUUCAGGCAUUUGGCCGAACUGCACGCAAGGGUAAACCUGGAUCUGCACAGAUAAUCAUGACCACUGAUCAUGUUCAGGAUAACCUCAAGACAGUGUCUUCUCUGGAGGAGGCAAAGGAAACAAGGAAUAGACUUGCAGCAAAAAGGACAAAUGACAUGACGGCUGAUGUAACUGAGAUGAAACUGCGGGAGGACCUUUUCGCAGAGUACUGCAAGACCCUCCAGGGAAUUUACAGGAACACCGAUGGAGAUGACCAAACAGUUAUUGUUGCCGUCAUGAAUGAGUUCUGGGGAAUUUGGUUGCAAACUAAAUCAGAGGAAAUUGACAACUUAAAAAGAAAUGAAUUGGAAAAGAGCUUGAAAGCUGAUUUGUCCCUGGCACAAAGUCAGUCUCAAAGUCAGACUUCACCCUGCUCCAGCAUUUACCACUACAUCAAGUUUGGGAAUCUUGCACUCGGUGAAAAAAAAUGGGAUGUCAGCAUGAAGCUAUUUGAAAAAGCAAUGGUACAAGAUGAAAGUUGGGCAGCCAUAGCUUUUUACAAUCAUGCAUACUGUUCUAUAAAACAGCAGAAUGGAGAUUACCUGACUACGGCCAGCAAUGAUCUCAAGAAAGCACAGGAGUCUCUGAAGUACCUCAGUGAGGAAUGCAUGGUCUGCCUGCAGUUUGUAAAAAUGGCCUCUGUUGAAUUAAAAAGCAGUGAACAACCAACCAGCCUUGAAAAACAGUUAACAACCAAGUGCAACUUGUUCAGCUACUUUGAUAAGAACAUUUGUGAGGCUAUCGAGAAGCUGAAGGAAAUAAAAGACAAAGGAAGGGAUGCAACAACCAAGAAAUUACCCAUGUUCUCCCUGGUGUCAAGCACAGAUGAAGAUCUCCAAACCGAGGCCUACAAUCUGUACAGUAAAGGUCUGGAAUAUGUGUUUUCCGUGGAAGAGCAGCCUCGGUUCCCAUGGGAAGCUUUCCUGGUGUUCUGUCUCGGAAUUCUGCAGAUUGUUGGAGGGGCACUGCUCACUGCCUUUACGUUUGGAACAUUAGCUCAAGUCGGCAUGGGGCUGAUCGUUGAAGGAGUAUCAGACUGCAUCACUGGCGUUGAGUCCAUGAUUACAGGAGAAUUUAGUUGGCAGUCAUGGGCUAUAGAAAAAGCAAUAUCUAUUGGUAUUUCUCUCAUUGGGUUUGGGGUUGGAAAGCUGAUUUCAAAGGGCUUCAAAGCUGCUAAAAUGUUGGUCAAGGGACUAGGAAAAAAACUUAAGUCAUUACCAAAGUUUUUCUCCAAACAGGUUAAAGAAGGCCUGAGUGUUGUAUCAAAGACAAACAUGAAGAAUGCAGUGAAACAAACAGCAAAGAAAAUGGCAGAAGAAAUCAUUAGCUAUGCAUUUGGGAAGGCAGAAGAUGCUGUAUUGCAAGAAAUAUUGAAAGGCAUUAAAAAUGAGAUGACCAAGGGUAUUGCAAAUGAUGUAAAAACCAACAUGGAAAAGGAUCCUUUGGCUGGCUUGGUAGACUCUAUUUUGCUCUCUCACCUUGAGGAUAAAAAACAAAUGUCUGAUCUCCUGCAGGAUAAGAACAGAAAGAGCAAACUUCUGGGUAUUUUCAAGCAGAUAAGCAAAACAGCCUUACAGCCAUUCUACGCUGAUCUCAAAUGGCAGAACAAGCUUAACUCAUCCAUCGCCAAGGUGAUUGACAGUGCAGCAUCAGAGGCCAAAGGCAAAACACUUGUAGUUCUGAAAGUCAUUCAAGGCAUUCACAUGGCCUCACUGGCAGCAGAAGCCACCAGUGCAGUGCUGAGCCUUUCAAGCCAGUUUUUCUCCAACCUUCACAAAGAGCUGAAUACAUUUAAAGAGAAAAAACAAUUGACAGAGAAAGUGAAACGAAAUUAUCUGUCUGCUUCAGAAAUGAAGAUCCUGGAAGACUUCAAGCAGGAUUUAGUCAACGAAACCAGUGCUUUAUUAGCAGAUGCUUUGGUAGAAGUGUUCCACCAAAAGUUCUCCAGUCACUUUGUUUCAAAGGCCGUAGGCCAAGUGAAUAAUACCAUUAGGGGUUAUGUAAAAACUGGCUUGAAGAGUGAAAAAACAGAGGACAAACUCAGGGCUGGACAAAACAACAGAUACAUCUCAUACAUGUCAGUAGACAUGAAUUCAAAACAUAAACAGGACAGAGAGUCUGGUAAACGCUCAGAGUCUCAUGCUGAAAAGAUCAAGGACUCCUCGACAGCCACUACUAUUCUUGAUAUCAGAGUCCUAUCAGAAACCACUGGCACUAAGGUUGUCAUCCUAACACAAGACAGCCAUGGCAAGCUUAUCAAAAUGCAGGAGCUGAGCCCGAGCACCAAAUCUGCCAGUCAAACGGUGACACUGAUUUACAACACAAAGAGUUCACAACACCCAGACGGCCAUUAUGAUGUGUCCAUCAAUAAUAAGACUGUGAAAGUAACCACCAAAGAAAAGAGCAGCCUGUUUCAUGCUUUGGCACAAGGCUUGAAACCAAAGGCCACCAAAGAAGAGAUUGCCUUGGAAGCAGGCCGCCUCCGAUCUUUGGAGGCCGACGCUCUAGUGAAACACUCAGAUCGAUGGGAGCCUUUCCUCAAGUACAAAGAGAGGACGGAUGAAAUCAGAGGAGGAGACUGGUAUAUGGCAAAGGAAGCUGGACUAAAAGAGACAGUAAAAGAAAACAAAAAGGUGAUCAAGGAUGGAAAAGUGAAAAAGUACAACAACUGGAUAGAACAUGUAAACAGCAAGCCAAGCACUGGACAGUUCAUCAAAGCAGCUCACCAACCACCAGUGAGUAGUAUAUCGCAAGCUGGAGAAUUGAAUCAGAAUAGCAAGUUAACCAAAGCCAUGCUUGAAGUGGUAACAAAGUCAACUGCUGAUGUGGAAAAUUACAAAGGCCUUGGACUUCCAACUAUUUAUGUGCCAACAGAAAUACAACAUGAGUUUCCCAGUACAACAACAAAACAAUUUAGGAAAUUAUUGGCUCGCACAAUCAGCCAGGAUUAUGUUGUGAGUGUCCUAAAACUGACCAUUCUAGGUGCAAUGCCCAGAUUCAAGUUCAAUAGUGCCAAGAACUACAGAGACUUUAAGAACAACCGAGUGAGUAAAACCAGGCUUGCCAUUUUCGAAAAUAACUUUGAGCAACAUUCUAAAGAUUUGGUCAACAAAUGGUUCAACCAUCUUCAAGACAAGGGUGUCAUGUCAAAGGCUGAUCUUGACACCCUUACUGCAUGGAUCAACAACAGGGACUACGAGAAUCAAUCUGAUCCACACAGGAAGCAAGUCUCCAACCUCCUCUAAUGCAAAGAGGGAUAUUGACACCUGACAAUAUGGCUGGCAAAGAAGUCAGGAAAACUACAGAGGUCUACAUACCUGUCAUGACGUUCGUGUAGACACCUGUCGGUAUUCAUUUUAAUGAUGUUUUUUGGGGGGGUUGGUAAAUUUAUAUUGCUUGGGAUUUAAAGCUAUAUCUUAUCAUACAUUGGAAUUUAGUAUUCACAUGUAAAUGUAAGAGUUGCAACUUGCUAUAUAACCCAAAUAUUACAGCAAGCAAAUCUUAUCCUAUGUAUUUCACAUAUGUUUAAGAUGUUUUAAAGUAAGUCUGAAAAAGUGAAUUCCAUGGUCAAAUAUUUUUUUCUGCCAUUGGUUAUUCAGAUCGCUGCAACAAUCAUACAUGCCAUCAAGAAAUCUAGAUGUGUAAUCAGAGAAAUCCUAAAUGCUGUUCUGUGAUGGGAUAAGUGUAUUUCAAGUUGUGUUUAUUGUUGUUUAUGUCACAUUUAAAAUGGGAUUUUCUAGCCUUUUAACUAUGAUUGUAUUAACUUUAAAAUGAUAUAACAGACUUAAACCAUCAAAUUGAAACACAAGAGAUGCUCUGUUGCUUUCUGUAGUAACCACAUGAUUGAUACAAUCUGCCGUUAAACUGAAGAGCAUUCAUCUAUUCCAUUGUGAUCUUCAACUAAAAAGGAAUUUUCUCUUUAUUUUAUUUGUAUGUUUUAAUUUGAGGGUUUGGGUGAAGGUGUGCUGUGGGUGUGGGUGAGGUGUUUGGUUGUUGAACUAUAAGUAUCUAUGUUCAGAUACAUGGUAUAUAUACACUGUCUGACAUUUAUCACUGAACUUCCUGUGCAAGUAUAUUUGAGAUUUAUAGGGUACUGUACACCUGACAUUCUAAUCCCAACCCUUAAUCUGCACUGUCUAUUCCUUUAUAGAAUGUUCCGUUCUAUAUUAUUUGGCUA